AUGAGUAUUAAUUUAACACACUUAGUGCAGGCACCUCAGUUCAGAUGCGGUGGCUUCGCUGUGGGAACAGUUGUAAAUCACGGUCUUAUGAACGGAUUUGCACUGCAGGAGUUUGCAAAGAACCUCACCCACGUGGCUAGAAAAGGAGAUGUGGCUUUCAUCCCUCUAACUGAUCGUACCUACUUGAAAUCGCGAUUUCCACUUCGGAUAAAGUACGAGCAUGAGAAGUUAGUGCAGCCUUCUCAACUUGGAGCUGAUUCCUCGCCCUUCAUGGAACGAAACAUGAAUCUCUUGCGCAAUAAGGUGGUUCUCCACAACCAAUCAGAGAAGCAUGUUUUUAAGCUCUUCACCUUAUCAGGGAAAUCGCUUGGUCUCCUCAAAUUAAAGGCUAAGGAAGGGGGAGUUUCUCAUUGUUCAAGUUUCAUUGUAGCAAUGGCACAGCUGUGGCGUGCAAGAACUGCAGCAAUGGCAAACAUCAAUGCCGACGAUAUUACAAGAGUUCACUAUGUCGUGGACAUGAGGUCAAGGAUGAGACCUCCUCUUCCGAGGGAAUAUGCAGGCAAUGCAACAAAGGCAGCCUAUGCAAAAGCAACAGCCAAAGAAUUACUAGACCAACCAUUUUCGGCGACUGUGAAAAUGCUGGAAGAAGCGGGAAAUAGAUUGAGUGAUGAGUACUUGAGGUCUGCAAUAGACUGGCUUGAGUUACAUGAUGGAGUGAUGCGUAUGGAGAAUGGGUUUGUGGUUACAUCGUGGUCUCGCACGGAAUAUCGAGACGUGGAAUUCGGAGGGGAAGUUAAGUCUAUAUGUGCGGGGCCUGUGGUGUCUGGCAGAAAGGGUAUUGUGGCAUUUAUGGCGGAUGCAAAGGAUAAGGCUGGCAUAAAGACACACAUUAGGUUGGAGCCCUCCCACGUUGCCAGAUUUCGAAUUCUUUUUCAAAAUGUGGACACCGAUACAACUAUUAGGUCUAAUAUCUAG